CUUGCUAAUACAGUAUACAUUCAAACUUUUUACCUGGGCGUCGCUUUACCUGCAUUACGUGUGGCUCACCGUGAGGACAGAGAAUUAAUUCAAAAAGAGGGCAGCUUUAAUGAAGGUCUUUGAAAUUUCUGCUUGGAUGCUUUACUGUGAAAACCUGUUCAACACUCAAAUCAUAUAGCAUCAUAUUAAGAUGAUGGAUUGGAGUAUCCCAAUUACGGCAGUUCUCCUGUUUUUUUCUUGUCUUGGUGAUGCUGCUAACAGUUGUUCCAGUGAUUCCUUAAACUUGAUGGGUUUUAAUGAGUCAAAAUACAUCUCAAGUCCAAGUGCAGAUAAUGUAGUCCUUACCCAGAUGACCCAUUCUUUUCUUGCCUUGGUCCAACCUAAUAAAUUUCCUACAGAUUUUGUUAUUAGCCUUGUGAAUAACGCCCAGCUUUUCAUAGAGAAGUCAGCAAUAGAAAAGAUCUUAAAGUACAUGGUGGGAUUUUUGGUUUGUGUUGUCGUUGGAGUUUUGUACAUUGUGCUUGUCCCUGUGAUUGGAUGUUGCUUCUCAUGUUGCCGCUGCUGUGACAACUGUGGUGGUAGAAUGUACCAAAAACAAACUGAAAGGACAAACUGCAAAAGAAAGGGGUUCUACUGGACAUUAUGGGCAAUAACACUGAUGAUCCUAGUGGGAAAUAUCAUUAUGUUCUGUAGCAGCAACAGCUUUUCAAAAGGCAUUAGCACCAGUCCUGAGUUGAUUAACAUUACUGCAUCAAAUCUGAAUAUUUUUCUGAACAAUAUUCCAAAGGAGAUCAACUAUCUAAUUGAGGAAAGCUCCCAGCCUGUAAAUAAAGUAAAUAGCAGUGUAAAUGAUAUUGGCCCUAUACUUAUUGACAUGAUGUUGGAAAAUUUGGGGGACAGUGUAAAUGCUGCAAAGGACUCGUUGAUAAAACUGAAUAAUGUUUCCAUCAACAUUGGAGUUCAACUUGAAAACUUGAGCAACAUUUCUAUGAAGUUCAGGCAAAACCAGGAUGUGCUAGAGACAAAUCUGACGAACAUCCGAACACAAAUCAAUUCAACAUUGAACAAUCCUGACUGCAGCGUUUGUCUGGUAGAAGGAAGAAAUAUUUUGGAUAAACUCGUGCCUGUUACAGUCUUUCCGGUGUUGCCAUCCUUUAAUGACGAAAUGAAUGCCAUUAAUGAAGUCAAGAAAGCUGACCUGCCAUCUACUUUAAAUAAGAGUAUGGCUUCAGUUCAGAAGGAAUUAGAAAAUACUACUUCUAAUCUUGUAUCAGGGGUGCAACAUGAGCUUUCUACUAUUAAAGGGAAAAUUCAAAGUGUAUCUCAAAAUAUCCCACUGACCAGCAUCUCCAACAUAACUAGUGAAAUUAGCCAAAUUGCCAUCAAAGUGAACAACUACAUUCCAGUAAUUUCUAAGGCAAGCAAUUACAGCAAUACUAUUGGAAUCAUCUUAAGUUGUUUAAUAUUGUUGAUUGUACUAUGCAAUAUUAUGGGACUCCUUCUGGGACCAUUGACACUGAAGUCCAGUGCAGACCCCACAGAGCGAACAAGUGGUGCCAACUGUGGCGGAACAUUUUUUAUGGCAGGCGCUGGUUUAAGUUUUCUUUACUCCUGGCUUCUUAUGGUGAUUGUACUCAUCCUGUUUCUUUUGGGAGGAAGUGCUUACACAUUGAUAUGCAGACCUUGGCAGAACAAUGAACUUCUUCAGUUGAUUGAUACUCCUGGUGUUAUUCCUGAUUUCAACAUCUCUCAAAUGUUGGGUUUAGACACAAAUUUGGAGAUUUCACAGAUUUAUAAUGACUGUAAGAAUAACUCAGCAUUAUGGUCCGUUUUACAACUGGGAAAGAAGACUGACCUGAAUGAAAUUUUAAAUAUCAGUAAGUACACUGCUGGAAUCAAAGAUGAAUUUAACAAAACAAACUUAAACGUGCCAAAAAUAACAUUUCUCAGUGACAAUGUACGAGCUUCUAUGGACAAUUUCACAACGCAGAUUGGAAAGAUUGACUUUACUCCAUUUAUGGAACAGAUAAAUAAGAAUUUCACAGCUGGAGAGUUGGAUGAUGCUGCAAAAUCUCUGGAAACACUUGCAUCAAAAGUUAAUAAUCAAGCUGUAAAAAACCAACUGAUCAAUGAAGCAAAGGAUUUGAGAAAUUUACAAAACUGGACUUAUUCACAAUUAAUGACAUAUAAGGUAGUCCUGAAUAAAACUGUACAACAACUGAACACAUCUGCUGCUUCAGUCCCAGCUAUUAUUAAUGCUACCAUUCAAAACGCACUAAACGCUCAGGAUAUAUUAAACCAAAAUGGAUCAUCAAUUUUGAAAGCUGAAAGUCGAGAGUUUUUGGAUUGUCAGCUAGGAUAUUUCCAGACAUACCUGACAUGGGUACAAAAAACAGUCACUCAAGAUGUUGCCCGUUGCAAACCUUUUACCAAUGCUGUGGAUUCUAUUGAGACAGUUGUCUGUAAAAAUGUUGUUAACUCCUUGAAUGCAUUUUGGUACAGCUUAGGGUGGUGCUUGAUGUUUCUCUUGCCAAGCAUUAUUGUAUCUGUUAAACUUGCCAAGUUCUACAGGAGAAUGAAAUAUACAGAUAGUUAUGAAGACCCAAGUCCACGCAUAGAGAUGACUCCUGUUAUGAUGUACACUAAUUCCAUGCUACCAGUGAAGACAUAGAAGUGAAUAUGGUGAAGGAAGACAUGGAAAUCCUUUUGCACAGGCUUAAGACAUGACAAUAUGUGGUUUCAUUCUACUAAUUUCAGUAUAAAGUGCUGGUUCAGUUUUAAAAUAAAACAACUGUUUUGUUAAUAUCUGGUUUAGAUAAAUUAAAUGUAAAAUGUGAAUUGCAAACAAUUUACUGUACAUCCUGCUUCCUCACCUUGAAAAUGUUGUAAUUUCCUUACUAUAUCAGUCAUUACCUAUGUCAUCAGUCAUUUUCCAACCUGUUUAGUCCUGAACAGGGUUGCAGGGAUUUGCUGGAGCCUGUCUCAGCUAGUAUAGGGUGCAAGGCAGGAACAAUCCCUGGACCGGGUGCCUGACCAUUGCAGGACAAACUCACACACACACACACUAACCACACAUUAAGGCCAAUUUAGGUUCGCCGGUUCACCUAAACUGCAUUUCUUUGAACUGUAGAAGGAGAACAUGCAAACUCCAUGCGGGAAGGACCCGGGACGCAAAGCUGUCUCUCCUUACUGAGAGGCCGUAGCGCUACCACUGCACCACCAUGAUACCCUCAUUACUUAUGACAUUGCUAAAUUUUAUUUCACAAAAGCGAGAAACUGAUAAAGUCAGUUAAAUCAUUCCAGCCAUGUUAGUGUUCAACAGUAAAAUUCCACCAAUAAAAAUAAUAAACACUCGUAGAUUUCAUACUUUUUCUGUUCUGUGUUUAACAUAACAGACAAUUUCUCUUUUCUUUGCUGUAACUCUGUGAGUGGCUGUGGUUCAGCAGAUAGUAAGCAAUUCUAAACUAUGAGGUGAGUUAUUGCCAAUUUCUUUACUUAAUCUUAUUUAUUGCAGUUUGGCGAAUAAAAAAUAAUCACUAAAAAUAAUCAUUAAAGCAGAGUUCUAUUUAUUCAGCAAAUGAUUGUACUGUUGAAGGAAAACAUAGAUUUAUUUAAGUAUAGUGUAUUGUUAUUUUUGAUAGCUUCUUUUACAUAAUCGUACUAAAACUAGUGUGUUUUCAGUGGUGCUAGGGUGACAUCUGCAGGACAGGCUACCACAGUCAUCAGAAAAACUGGAUUAAGGAUUGUUGAAUCAUUUAUAGUAACUACUUUGGCUCCCUGUAAUGCACUGUACAAGCAGAAUAGAAAAUGGAUAGAUGGCUUAUUUUUAAUAGUACUAAGCAAAUCAUGCAGAAACACCGUUUGCACACAAGAGGAUUCACUGAAGGAAAUCUGAAACUGUAACAUAGAACUGAAACAUUUCUGAGAAAAGUGCCAGUCUUUACUGUUCCUGUGUGUGUGUGUGUGUGUGUUUGUGUUUGUGUGAGGAUGUGCUCAUCCUGUGAUGGGACCUUCCUAAUAUAUUCUGAUUUAUUUGCAAAAUGAGAUGUGCAAUAUUAUAUUGUUUCAAGUAAUAAUUGUCAAAGCCAGUUUUAUCCACCAAAAACACUAAAGUACACUAUCAGUAAACAAAAGCAUCAUUUGUUCAUUUAUUUUAUAUGGCAUAAGUGUAACUGGAAUUUUUUCCCUGUAUUAUUUGUUUUUUUUUUUACUGGUUAAACAAAUGAUUCUUGUUUUUUUUGUGGUCUGUCAAAUUAAAAUGAUUUAACAAUGUAUUGUAUUAGGCAACUUUAAAUAAGUUUUUAUUUUUACAGAAUACCUUUGAUAUUACCAUAGUAAGAAAAGGAAAAUUUGACUUAAUUUUCAUUAUCUUUAUUUUCAGGAUUUACAAAUAAAAAAAUGUUGAAUAUAUACACUGAAUGUGAUAUUUAAAACCAAAGUAUUAUAUUUUGCACCACUGAAGUAGAAAGAAAAUUAAACUAGUAAGAUUGAUUUACAAAGAUAUUUAGCUUAAACAAAAAUUCAUAUUAAUAAGACUUGUUAUUGCUUUUAAUGAAGAUAAAACAGGUGUAAUUUUCCUUGAUUAAAGUGUAUCCUGACAAAAGUUAUACACCAGUCAGCAUCUUCAUGCAAACAUUUGUUGGGCUGUUGGGAGGAAAAGUAUUUGUUUUUGACAAAACUACCAUGCAUUUUUCACAAAAUCAAAGUGGCACCAAGAAUAAUGGAUCAUACCAGACAUACAGGUCUUUCCUCAGUGGAUGUAUUUUACUAAUUUUUAUGUAAAACCAACUGUUUUUACUUUUGAAAGAUAUUUGUAUUUAUGAAAAUAAUCUUUUUGAGAAGUGCAUAGCAAAUGUAUGUAUGUAAUUAAAUAAUUGAAUAUUGUAAAUUAUUAUUUUUAUAGUACU